GGAUGCAAAGUGCAGACGGGACAGAGAUAGAAGAAUUAGGGACCAUGGUACAUUGCUGACUGGGGUAGACACAGCAUAGACCAGAAGUAGUUCUGUAGAGAACACCGAGAACAUAGCAGCACAACGUCGGAACAGAAAGGGAUACUUUACAGAUAAGAGUUCGUGUCUUCAUCUCCACUGACCUCUCCACGAUGACCUCAUCGAUGACCUCCAAAUACCCGGUGGUUGUGACGGGUGGAUCUGGCUGUUUGGGGCAACACCUGAUCAAACUUCUCCAAACGAACGCUGAUCACGUGACUGAGAUCCGGGUACUCGACGCCAUUCCGUACGAGAACAAACUUGGUCAUAAAGAGACAAAGCCUGUGAUUUCAACGUGCGGUGACAUCACUAACACAGACCUACUUCGCCGGAUAUUCAGGGGAGCUAAGUCAGUCUUCCAUCUGGCCAGUCUCGUCAGCCUAGGCAGUUUCCCCGACAACCAGGGUAUGGAAAGAAUAAACGUGAAAGGAACUCGACAGGUGAUAGACGCCUGCAUCAAGGAGGGGGUGGAAUGCCUCAUCUACUGCAGCACCAUUGAGGUUGUGCUGGGGUUCGACGACAUUAUUGACGGCACCGAGGACAACAUGAAGGCCCCCAAGACGUAUGUCCACGAGGGUUAUGCCAAGACCAAGCUCCAGGCAGAGAGUAUGGUACUGCAGGAAAACAACUGCCAGUUGGAUACAGGUGGCGUACUCAAGACGGCCGCCCUACGACCCUACGUCUUCUACGGCGAACUGGACCGCCACUACAUCACGCAGCUCAUGAAGGUGGUGAAGAGGACUGCGGGCAUCCUCAUCCAGACAGGUAACGACAAGGCACUCCAUCAGCACGCCUACGUCGGUAACAUCGCCUGGGCCUUCAUCUGCGCCGAGAAGAUUGUCCGUACCAACCCUGCUGCUGCUGGUGAGGCUUACUUCAUCACGGACGACACCCCAGUUAGCAACAUAUACAGCCAGGUGAUCCCCUUUCUGGCGGAGAAGGGUAUACGACCAUCCCCCAUCAGGUUCCCUUUCUGGAUGAUGUUCGUGCUAUUUUACUUGGCGGAGUGCCUUCUUUUUCUCCUAUCUCCCUUAAUCAAAAUCGACAUCGGCGUCACCUCCAGCGCCCUACGCUUCGCCAACACCACCAUCAAACUGAGCAACGUCAAAGCGCGCACCUUGCUCAACUACACUCCCCUUUUCUCUGUGGAGGAGAGUUUACUGAAAUCACGUGCUUAUUACAGAGAUGUUCCAAUAUAGACACGCCAGUCUUGGCCUGAAACCAGCCGGACUUGAGAUCUAUUAUUCUAUAUAUAUGUAAUCUUUGGAGCGCGCCAUUAACACUUUGUCAGUGCAACCUUUUUACAUAUUUACUUAUUGAGAAUUUUUGUGUUUAUCCUAAAUGCAGUUUUCUAUGUAUACUAUACAAGAAAAUUGAUGCUGUCCAAGUUUUAAUAAUGUUACAAUGCAUCGGUUAUUAUUGUAACGGUUUACUUUAUUUCAUCAAUGCAGUAUCAAUGUUUAUGUAAAUGAAGGUUUCACAUGUAUAGGUUUAUGCUAAUAUGUAGCGCAUGUCACCAAUGCAACUUCGUCUGUGUUUAAUCUUUAUACAGCUAUGCAUGCAGAUCCCUGGCGUCUUUCUCUAUCUUACAUUUCAUGCAACAUUUCAACUCAUGUCAAUAUUUGUGCAGCCAUGCAUGCAGGACCCCAACGAUACAUUUCGCAAAUAAUGUUAUUAAUACAACAAAUCCAAAUACAUUUCGCAAAUAAUGUUAUUAAUACAACAAAUGCAAAUACAUUGUGCAAAUGAUAUUAUUAAUACAACAAAUCCCAAUACAUUUCGCAAAUAAUGUUAUUAAUACAACAAAUCCAAAUACAUUUCGCAAAUAAUGUUAUUAAUAUUCUAAAUCAAAAUACAUUUCGCAAAUAAUGUUAUUAAUACAACAAAUCCAAAUACAUUUCGCAAAUUAUGUUAUUAAUACAACAAAUCAAAAUACAUUUUGCAAAUAAUGUUAUUAAUACAACAAAUGCAAAUACAUUGCGCAAAUGAUAUUAUUAAUACAACAAAUCCAAAUACAUUUCGCAAAUAAUGUUGUUAAUAUUCCAAAUCAAAAUACAUUUCGCAAAUCAUGUUAUUAAUAAAACAAAUCCAAAUCCAUUUCGCAAAUAAUGUUAUUAAUAUAACAAAUCAAAAUACAUUUCGCAAAUAAUGUUAUUAAUACAACAAAUGCAAAUACAUUGCGCAAAUGAUAUUAUUAAUACAACAAAUCCCGAUACAUUGCGCAAAUAAUAUUAUUAAUACAACAAAUCAAAAUACAUUUCGCAAAUAAUGUUAUUAAUACAACAAAUCCAAAUACAUUUCGUUGAUAAUGUUGCAAUGCAACAUAUUGAAGCGUGAUACUAAAGUGUCUUUGUCAACAUAACAUUUCAAUGCAACAUGCAGAUGCAUGUCAUUAAGCAAUCCUUUGGCAAUGUAAACUUUUAAUGCAAUAUUUUAUUGAAACAAAAGCAAUAAAUCAUUUCCAUAUUCAUAAGAAUUAUAUUCCAUAAACAGAGUCGAAUGUACGAUUCCUACUAUAUCAUGA